AUGUGUCUGAGACUAAAACACGAUGGGCGUCGCAACGCCGCGUGCCCCGAGCUUCGCGGGCAUGCGAAACUUGCCGCGCUCGAAAGACCAAGUGCGAUCAAGCUCAGCCUUGCUCAUAUUGCGCAUGUAUGCCACCCAAGAGCCCCGCGAUCUGAUACGGAGACAGUAGCUGACCUUAACACAGACCAUUCAUUUGACUGUGUUUUUCGCACCUCCGAAGGCCAUGAAACUCCCAAGAAUUCAACCAAGAGGAAGAGGGAUACUGCAGACUCGCAGCAAAGCCAAAGCAGCACUAUUCGGCCAUCACCAUGGCCAGUUUCACCUCAAUCCCGGACACCACAGAGUUUGAGUGAAGCAGCCAAGUCACCUAUCCUAAUAGGUACCCCCAAGGCACGGUCUUCCAAUUCGUUACAAGCCCGCUUACAUCUAGGUGCCAACGAGAUAAGGACUGCGUUGACCAGCCCACGGGAGAAUUCUCACACGCCCGCUUCCGAGUUAGGCGAUGCCGCCUCAAGAGAUGGAUUGAGCGGCGUCAAUCUACAUACCAAUGGUACUGAGUUCUAUGGAAACUCCUCAAAUUUAGCUUUCCUCGGAAAUCUAUACAUCAGAGCUCAAAAUCAAGGAGAAGAUAGAGCUCAUAAUGGGUCCAAGAAUGAUGCUGCGCGACAAGCUCAGCCUGUUUCACCCAAAGCAAGCUAUGAUAAUAGCCAGAAAAAGUCCAGCAGAUCACAGCUCUCGAUUGUAAAUUUGCUCUAUAAUGCAGAUUACAAUGGCCAUCCUUCGCCUCAAUCCCAUGAUGGAGCAGACCUUUCAGCACAAAAUCCUUCUGUCGCAGAUGGUGCGAGAAACAGACCUAGCCCGAAAAACAAUGCAGACCACCAGAAUGGCCUGGAAACAGCUUUCCCUAGACUCACAGAGAAUGCAAAAUUGGAGAUUGAGAAAAUCUUCAUUGGAAGUUACUUCGCCAACAAGCAUUAUAUCCACCCAUUUCUUUGCAAGAAUGGAUUUAUGCAGCGAUGCGAAAAUGAAGCAUGGCCACUUUCAAAACGCUCGAGCAUUUUUCGAGGAAGCACCAAAUUCGCCGGGCUAUACUUUGCAGUCAUUGCUUUAGGGGCAAUCAAUGCAAGCGCGAACGAAACCUCUCUGCUACAUCACUUUUGUCAACAAUAUCCCGAUGCGAACCACCCAAAACAUCAGGAAGAAUCCAAAUUCACGGCUUUGGAUUUUGCAAAAUUCUUCUUUUCACUCGCAAAACAGACCCUAGGGGAUCUUUUUGAGAGCUCGUGUUUGGAAACCGCUCAAGCGCUUGUUCUUUUGAGUGUGUUUCGCCAAAACUCUUUACAACCUCAUAGCUGUUAUAUGUACAGCGGAAUGGCUGCGCGCACAGCAGCAGCCAUUGGACUCAGCUCCAGCAUGUCCUCCUUGCCGCCCAACGCCCGGCGAGAGGCUAGACGUACCUGGUGGUGUAUUUACUCUCAUGAGAUAGAAAUGUGCUGUUCCUCGGGCCGUCUGGACAGUAUGAAAGAACUCCAUUACUACCAAACUUCCCUUCCUGGGCUAAAGAUUGAUGUCGGUGAUUCUGACCCUGACGCGGAGGAAAAUGACAUAGCCAUGAUCCCAGUCAUGGUGUCCUUGGCUCGCAUCAUGUCCGAAGCAUCCCAUCAACUAUACCACUCUACGCAGCGAUCGAUGAGCGAUAAGUCUUAUCUCGCAAUGGCUCUCGACCAGCGACUUCUUGAGUGGAAAGCAGCAAUGCCGAGAUUCUUGAAUCUAGAUGCGCAUGCGUUAAACGACCCCGAAUGGGCAUUUAAGCAGAAGCUGGUGCUGAGACUGAGAUACUAUAACACUCGGAUCCUCAUUCACAAGCCGUUUCUUGUGGCAGCAACCGCAAAUCAUGACUCUGACUCGCCGGAUUUAUCCAUUCAUCUACAUACCUGUCUUGCAGCAGCCCGGUCAAGUAUCAACAUGCAGUACGAGUCAUUCGUGCAUAGAAUCUACAUUCGAACCUGGUGGUACAACACGACCUACGCCCUCUACGGCUCAAUGAUCCUCCUCCACCUCGUACUCUCAAACUACCCAGGUCUACCAGACGAUGAGCUCCUCGAAGAUGUCGAAAAAUCCCUCGAGAUUUUCUCCUCCAUGGACGACAUCAUCGUCGCCCGCCGCUGCGCCGAGAUGCUCCGUGAAGUACUUGAGGUUGCACGCACAUGUUUGGCUCGGCGGCGGCGUCAUGACCAGAGACAAGCCGGCCAAUCCCAGAACCCAUGUUCGUAUAAUGAAACAUCUGCCUGGUCCCAUGCAAAUCCAGGCCUGUCAUUUCAAAACCAUCCAAAACCAAAUUCAAUGCAAGCUGGAGCAGAUAGGACCAUGUUGUCACGACCCGCUCUCAACCUUCCUGGUCCAAAUACAGACUUUUCCCUCGAUACCCCUUCAUCUAUCAUCGGUCAGAGCGACGAUGCAGACGACGGAGAAUUCUUCUUCUCAUUCUUCAGCGAUGAGGCACAGGUACAGCCUGAUCGGACCCGCGCAGAAAUGCUGGCUAAUCUGGUCGACCCAAGUAUCUUGGAGGACUUCGCUUUUGGCGGUGGUAACAGGGAUUCUUUCUUUUGA